AUGUCGACGGCAAUUUACCCUUUAGACGACAACCAAAAGCUUCCCCUGCUCAGCCUGAUUAUGCCGGGACAGUCCUCGGGCGGCGGCGCUACGCUGCUGCUGGGGUACUCCCCUCAGCCGGUGCUGGCGCAGCCGGCGCUCUGGCCCGGCGCUGUGAGCGCCGCCGGCAGCGCUCUUCCGAUGUCGGCAGCACUGUCGACGACGCCGCUGCAGCAGUACCAGCCGCAACCAACGCCGCCCCAGCCCCACCACGUGCCUUAUCAACAACAGCAACAACAACAACCCCUGUCACAAGCCAUCAAACUGGAACAGCUGGCGCAGUUCCCGCUGCUGAACCCGGUGAUGUCGCAGCAGGUGCCGCCGCCGCAGUUUCAACUGGUGUCGCAACAACCCCAGUAUCAGCAGGUGUCGCAACCGCUGGUGUCGCAACAGCCGCUGGCGUACGCCGCUGACUACUACUACGGCUACAACGCGCCGCCGCCGCCGCCCCCCGCCCAGUACCAGGCGCCGGCGCCCCUCGCCGUGGCCAUCGCCGCCCACCCGGCGCCGCCGCCGUACCCAGAGAAGUGCACUUGCAAACUGAACGCCAACCGCAUCCCCCGCCCCCGCAACGCCUUCAUCCUCUUCCGCCAGAAGUACCACCAGCUGGUGCUUGACGAAGGGCUGGUGAUCCGUACCAACCCCGAAGUCAGCCGCGAGUUGGGGCGCCGGUGGAAGGCGCUUAGCGCCGAGGAGAAGGAGCACUGGAACCGCCUCGCCGAAGAGGAGAAGCGCAACCACGCUAAGAUGUACCCUGGCUACCGCUACACGCCUAGACGCAACGGCAAGCUGAAGCACUGCGCCGUGUGCCGCCGGGGCGCUCGCCACCUGGUGCCACUGGUGCUGCUGCCGAUGAUGGUGGAAGGGUACGCUCUGUACUCGGCGCCGGGUGCGCCCCAGGCGCCCCAGGCGCCGCCGGCUGCACCGGUGCCGCUGGAGUACCACACCGGCUACUCGCAAAGCUACAUGGGCUACGACACCCCGGUGGCGCCGGCGCCGCCGGCGGCGCCGACGAGCGCUUCUAUCAGCGGUCCUCCUAGCGUGGCGCUGACGCUGAGCGCGCUGAUGGCGCUGGUGGCGCAAUACGACAAGUUGUCGCCGCUCCUGGGGGCGCCGGCGGCGCCGUACCUUGCCGCUGGCUCGGCAUCUGACUACUACGGGGCGCCGUCGCAAUACAGCCACGAGGCGCUGCCGCCGCAGGCGCCGCCGGUGCGCUUUAGCUCGUUGCCUCUGACGAACUUUUUCGGCGACUACCAAGGGUAG